CUGAACCAGGCUUAUCUAUAAACCCUAACCCCCUUUCGAUACAUCCCUUUGAUCGCCAUAGUUCUCAAAAUAAUUGCUUCCAUGGUUUCCAGAAGAGGCAACGACAAUGAUGGUGCUAGCCCUGGGAAAAUAUUUAUCGGAGGCUUAGCUAAGGAUACAUCUCUAGAGACAUUUACAAAGUACUUUGAAAAGUACGGGGAGAUUACAGAUUUUGUUAUAAUGAAAGAUCGGCAUACGGGUCGGCCCCGUGGUUUCGGGUUCAUUACCUUUGCGGAUCCUUCUGUUGUUGACACUGUUAUGCAAGAGGAUCAUCUUAUUAAUGGCAAGCAAGUCGAAAUUAAAAGAACCAUCCCUAAAGGUUCUUCGCAUUCAAAUGAGUUUAAGACCAAGAAAAUAUUUGUUGGCGGGAUUCCGACAUCCGUUACUGAAGAUGAGUUCAAGAAUUUCUUCUUGAAGUACGGAAAGGUGGUGGAACAUGAGAUAAUACGUGACCAUGCAACCAAGCGAUCUCGAGGCUUCGGGUUUAUUGUAUUUGACAGUGAAAAGGUGGUCGAUGAUAUGCUGGCCGAUGGGAACAUGAUAAAUAUGGAGGGUACUCAGGUUGAAGUUAAGAAGGCUGAACCAAAGAAAGCCUCAAACCCAGCACCUGGUCCUGCAUAUGGUAGUGACUCUAGUGCACGCUCAUACAAUGAUGGUUUUGGUGGAUUUGGUGAUUAUGGUGGUUUUGGUGGUGAUGGCGGUUAUGGUCCUCCUCCUUACAGAUCUUUUGGAGGUUAUGGAAGUAGAUUUGGAGAUUAUGGUGGUUAUGGUGGUGCUGGUGCUGAUUUUGAUGGUAGUUACGGGGGAUUUGGUGGGGGUGGUGGUUUUUAUGGUUAUCGUGGAGAUCCACCAUUCGGUUAUUCUAGCCGCUUCGGUUCCUAUGGUAGUGGGCUUAGUGGCAGUGGUAUAGGUGGAUAUGGACGUGGAGGUGGUAGCUAUGGACGUGGAGGUGGUGGCUAUGGAAGUUACGGUGGCUCAGGCUCAGGUGGUAGUUAUGAUUCAGCCCCAGGUGCUGGUUUUGGUGGUCCGAUGUAUGGUAGUAGAACAGGAUAUGGAGGCGGUAGUCGAUAUCAUCCUUACUCAAGGUAGAACGCGAUUAAAGAUCAUCCGUAGGAGUUGCCCCAGGUUUUCAAAAAUUUCACCAUUUCCCGUCACAUGGUUCGAUAGGCACUGUACACUUUUGGAACUUGGCGCUAUCUAGAAGAUCCGAGGACCUAGUAGACCGAUCCAUUGCUUAGAGAACCCAAGAUUAAUCAUCAUCAACAUAGGGCUUCUCCUGCUAUCAUUUGCUUUAAGUUUCGUUUUCCCUUUUCGUUGUAGUUGUGGACUUCUAUCUUGCUUUGAGCUUUGGUUAGAAUCACUUUCGAGGUUUGGAUGUAACAUUUAGGCAACUAGUAAUUAUACGCCAGAUUGUUGAUC